AUGCAUAGCCAAGCAGCAACAGCUGCUGCUGCUUCUGCUGCUGCUCCUGCUGCUGGUCCACUCUCCACGCUGGUGUGGAGCCCCACAGAGCCAGCUGCGACAGCAGCAGCAGCAGCAUCAACAGCAGCAGCUGCUGCUGCUGCUAAUGCCCCUGCUGCAGUGUCGCCUGCAAGCAGCGAUGAGGAGACAGUUAGCCUUUUGUAUUCUGUCCCUGACGAAGGAGACCCUUCUAUAGAGACACCAGGGCAAGCAGCAGCAGCAGCAGCAGCAGCAGCAGCAGGAAUGGGGCCAUCAGCAGCAGCAGCUAGAUCCUCUCCCACCGCACAAGCAAAACGAAGCAGCAGCACCAACAGCGGCAGCAGCAGCUUAAGCGUCCAGGAGCAGCGAAGCCAAGCUCAAGCAGCAGCAGCUGCAGCAGUAGCUGCAGCUGCAGAGGCAGCUGCAGUUGCAGGUGUAGCAGCAGCAGCAGCUCUAGGCCAGCAGCAGCAGCUGCUGCAACAGCAGCAGCAAAACUAUGGAUCUCAACAUGGGCCCCAGGAGCUGCAGCAGCAACUCGCCUACGGGGUGGUGGUCUCUCCUCAGCAGCAGCUGCUGCUGCAGCAGCAGCACGUGCAGCAGCAGCAGCAGCAGCAGCAGGGUGUUGGGGUGUUGGUGCGGCCCUCUUCUGCUGCAGUGUCUCCGCUUAGUUUGGGUGUAUUAGCUGCGCUGUCUCUCCCCGUCAGCAGCGUCUCUCCGUCUCCUUUAAUGAAGCCGCCGUCUCCUUUUGAAGGCAGCUUGCAGCUUGCUAGUUUGAGGUGUAUAGACAGCUGA